UACUUUGAGGCCACUGGGAGCAACAUCCAAGAGGUUGAUGUUGCUCAUGAGCUACUGGUUGGGGAUCACUGAUGAGAUUAUUCAGAAUGUAUGUGUUAUCUACUGGGUAUCCUGUGGUUGAAUGGCUGUCCCCAUGGCUAUACAGAAGCUUGUUUAUAUGAACUAUAGUAGUGUUUCUGAAGCAAACACACCAGAUAUACCAGUGCAGGGCAUUAUAUUUUUAUUACUUUGAAACUCUUUCAGUUUUUGGUGUUACUGUUCCUUUAAGAUUACUUCUCAAUAGCUUCUAUAUGCAUAUAAAGCCUUUACACAUGGAGACUAUAUUAACAUAUUUUAAAGACAAGGUUGGUGAUUGAGUGCUUCAUUUGCAUAUCUAAACCCAAGCCCUGACCUGGGGCGGUGGCUGUUGCAGCUAGGAGUUUAUGCAGAUUGAUUGCUUUUGGAAUAUCCAACGUGAAAAUCCAGUUACUGGCAUACUGGGGGCUGUGGCACAUGUGACAUUUUGACCAUCACAAGAGUUUUUAUUUAGAACCACACAAUACCAUAAUGGCCUGUUUAUGCUUCCCCAUAGAGAAGAAUGGAAUAUUAUUUGCUUGUGGCCUACACAUAGCAGCUGAUAAGAAACUCCUGUGGGCAAACAGGUCAGCAGAGGACUGCUUCCACGUGGUCCUUGCCCAGUCCACGUUAUAGAUGGUACAGGUUGACUACAUGAAGAAUGCAGACAAUAAAGUGUGUUGUUGUUGGUGAUGGAGCAGUUGGGAAAACCUGCCUCCUUAUCAGUUAUACCACCAAUGCCUUUCCGGAAGAAUAUAUUCCUACUGUAUUUGACAAUUACAGUGCCCAGAUGACAGUGGAUGGCAGAACGGUUAGCCUUAACUUAUGGGACACAGCUGGCCAAGAAGAAUAUGACCGCCUGCGCACCCUAUCUUACCCCCAGACCAACGUAUUCAUUAUCUGCUUCUCUAUCGGAAGUCCAUCUUCCUACGCCAAUGUGCGGCACAAAUGGCACCCGGAGGUUUCCCACCAUUGCCCCAAUGUGCCAAUUUUACUUGUAGGUACUAAGCAAGAUCUUCGAAAUGAUACAGAAACUAUAAAGAAGUUAAAGGAGCAGAGCCUUGCACCCACAACAAACCAGCAAGGCUCAUCGCUUGCUAAACAGAUAGGUGCUGUAAAGUAUAUGGAGUGCUCCGCUCUGCACCAGCAAGGCGUAAGGCAAGUCUUCGAAGAAGCUGUCCGCGCGGUUUUAUAUCCUGUGACAAAGAAAAAUCCAAAGAAGUGCAUCUUGCUAUAGUGGUAACCUCUGGCCAUCCAAAUGCCGACAAAGAUGAGUUUUUAGCACAAGAUUUUGGGUAAUAUCUCUUUUAUCCUCAGCUUACACUAACAGCUCAUGAUUGAUGUGGGUUGCAUGGAGAAGAACCUGCCGCUUCUAGCUUUCCUGGCAUCGAAUGUGCCGGCGAACUAAUGUAAAGUAGCGGCUGAGGCAGCGGUUGACCAGAACACAAGUCGUACUGUACAUGGAUAACCUCCGAGCGCUUACACAUGCCGGCCUUGCACUUCUGACUUUCUUGUUUGUAAUUUUUUUUUUUUUAUUCAUCGUAUUGCUUCCAUAGAUUGACCCCCUGCGGAACACUUCCUAUUAUUUUUUACUGAUUUCUUUACUUUUUCCACUAUUAAAGCUUAACAGUGCAAUCUUGAAAAUGUUCUAUAUUUGCAGAAUAUGCUUCAGAAAUUGAGAGGCCUUGUGCUAUAAUAUAAAUGACUGACGUUUUGGACUAAAAAAAAAAAACUAUUCUGCUUUCACUGCAUGCUGGAUUCGAUCCCUCUUAAAAUUGCUAACAAAGAGAACACUGUAACUUUCCCACCAAAGGGAAAGGCAUUUUUAGCCUGGUUCCAAACAUAAGCAAAACCCUGUUUUUCUUACAUGUUGCCAUAAAACUCAGGGCUUAAUGGUUGUGAAACAGUUUUCUUUUGGGGAAAAGGCAGGCCUAUCCAAAAUAUCUGUCGUGGGGGGGGGGGGGUAGAGGUUUAUUUAUUGCACAGUUAUUUAUGCUGUUUACCAUGCUGUCAAUCUCAUGAUCUGAAGCUCAAAGUCACAAAUUUGUACAGGUGGGGAUUCUAUUAGCCAGAAUAAGCAGUACCUGGAGUUUUCCAGGGAUCUUUCCAUAAUGUGGAGCUCCAUACCUUAAGGUUACUAAAACCGAUUAAAGGUCGGCUAAAAGUAGAAUUACUGUGGGUGCUGAUUACCCUCAGUUAUUCUAGUCUGAUACUUACCCCAGACUGGCACUCAUCUUUUCAAAAUACACAGGCCAUGGGUUCUUAAAGGAGAACUGAACCCCCAAACUAAUGAAAACCCUUACCCUCCAUAAUCCCCCCCCCCCCCCCGCACAGGCUAUAAUACCUCUAAAUGCCCCUAAGUCUUUAAUUAUCCCUUUAUGUAGAAUCAGUGUAGCGGCGCUCACGUGUGCCAUCUUCACCAAUUCGGGAGCCUUCAGUAAGUAAGUGGCACGUGCAGUUGUAGUAAUUUUCUGGUCCCCAACAACGGCACAUGCGCCGACAGCCACGGAAAUUGCCGAAGGGACCCAAAGACUCCCGAAGCGGUGAAGAUGGUGCCCAUGAGCUCUGCUGCACUGACUCUGCAUCAAGGGGUAAUUAAAGACUUAGGGGCUUUUACACGCCUGUACAGGGGGGAACAGGGAGAGGGGACUAUGGGUUUUCAUUAGUUUGGGGGUUUAGUUCUCCUUUAAUCUCUGAGCACUGCACUGUUUCCUAGACAUUGCCUGCACCACCCUGGUACAAGUAGUACAGAAAUACUUUGCCAUUCUUGGUACUGUUCGUAUGCCCAGCUUCAGUAGAUGCAGGGAAUUCCUUGAACAGUAUAACAAACGGGGUGGUACCUUGGGCGUAAAGUUGUUAAUGUACCAAUUACUCUAGUAAUAACCACCUCAUCCUAGAAAUGUGGCAUUAUUGUUUUAAAUACAAUGCUAUGGAAAAUGAUUGCCACAUUUCUAAGCUUUCUGGAAAAUAGAUCCCCAUACCUGUAAUCUCUCCCUUACUGUUGACCACACAGCACUUCAAGUGCAAUCUUCUAUUCCAGUGCUGUGGACUUUAUCUAGGGAGUAUUAUGAGGUAUACCACCUGUUUGGGGGGGGGGGAAUAAUAAUGUUGAUUUGCAAGUAAUUCAGUUGAAAUUUUGGGGAAGCUGGCAGCCAUACACCGUUUUUGGAAGACCCUCCGGUUAGGCAACACCUCUCUAGCUGUCUAGCCAGAUGUGCUGCUUUUAUCUCUUUGCCAGCAUUGGGGAACAGGUCUGGACUGGUAGUCAAAACAGGCCCUGGCAUUCCAAGUACUCAGAGGCCCAAAUAGUCUUCCACUAAAUAGUGACUGUCUAUGGUACCUUACGGCAGCCCCUCUGGCAUUUGCCAGAACCCACAGAUUGCCAGUCCGGGCCUGUUGGGGGAAAGAAGCAGACUUUGUACUAUAGGUUACCCAGCUUUGCUUUUUAUAGACUUGCCAAAAUUUUAAAUAUAAUUCAAUUUUGCUACUUCUCAACACGGGUGCCUAUGCAUUAGCACAGCCUUUAAUUCCCAUCAUAGCCAAUUUCAUAGAGGAUAGGGUUCUUUUAAGUGAGCUGCAUCCUGAAGUAAGCCAUGGUUACAGAUGGGUCAGGUUUUAGUUCUAUUGCUGCUUUAGCACAAACAAAUCCAACAAAGUAGCCCAUUCACUGACUGUAAAUAUAUGAGCAUUUUAUUUCUGCCAUGUUAAAGAGACAAUAUACCACACUUACUUUGUUUUCCUGGAAACAUUCUGUUCAUCUAGGCAGAGGUUACUCAUUGCACAAGGCUUAUUUAUUUUCAUAUUUAUAUUAUGUGAGAGCUGCCAUAUGGCUUUAAAUAUUUUACAUAGACUCUAAACUGAAGCAAACAUGUCUCCGACAUGGGUGUACCAAGUUUUUACUCAGCAAGGAAAUCUAUUUUCAGCUUUAUAAUCAGUAACUAAACGGUCUAUUGUCCCUUUAUCAUUACUGGAUAAAUGCAUUGAAACAACCUCAAAUUGUAGAAUAGUUUUUUUACAAUUCAUUAAUUUGGCUGAUUUACUAAAGUGUAACUCGGUGACAGCUUAGCAAUGCAAACCAAUCAUUGAGCAAAUAAAUCUCUAGCUACUCAAGACGCUAGUCUUGUAAAAAUAACAAGGUAAAUCUUUAGUUUGCUGUUGAUUUUUGCCUUGGGGCAAAGUCUUUUUUUUUUCUUUUUUUAGUAAAAGAGGGAAAUUGAAUCAAUGGCUGAACUUGUUUGUAUAAUUACAAAAUCACAACUAGUAACAUUCAGGGAUAUAUGUGAAGUUAGUUAAGGAACAUAUGUUAAUCAUUGAACAUAAGUGAUGCAGUUUUAAAGGAGAACUAAUGCUUAACAAAGAAGCUAGAAAAGUUAUAUAUCACGUUCUUGAGCUCUUAGCCAGCCCAAGUACGCCAAAGCCCUUUAGACCCCAGUAGCAGCACCUGAUUCACAGUACAUGCUCUUAGCUGCCGUCGGUUACCUGUGUCUAGGGAACAACUCAUAUAUACACACUCAUGCUAUAAAUUUUCAUCUCGAUUUGAUAUCUGAAGACCCCUAAGCUUAGCUUCUCAACAGCUGCCCUGAGCACACUGGGCAUUCUUUGUGCUCAAAUAAGAUCCAGGGUGGUGAGCUCCUGUGGGCCACUUUGAAGGACUAUAUUUCUGUUAGGUUUGUGGAAUGUCCCUUCCGGUACAAUAAGUUCAGUAUCUUAAAGAAAUACUGCCAAGUUCCUGUGAAGAUCAAUGGAACAUGGCAGUAUUACUAAAGAGUUGUGGCCUGAAAAUCUGGAUAGGCAAAAGUCCUCCAAAGCCACCACCUUUUAUCGUGCUGGAACACCUUAGUGAUACUAACACGUUGCUAUGGAUUUUUAUAGGAACGUGUCCGUGUCCCUUUAAAUACAGCAUUCUCAGUUGACAAUAGUAAUCAGACUUCUGGCCAAUAAUCCCCCAGAAGAACACAGUAGUGAAUCUUUCAGAGCAAGACCUUGCUGGGAAGUAGACAAGGCCACAAUCCUUCUUACAAGUUUUGAGAACAUAUGUGUCAAUAUUAAAAACAGUUUUGAGUUUGCUAACUUGUAAUUUUGGUUAAGUUGACCCUAUUUCUUGAUUAAGCUGGCCAACAAACACAUCUCUCAGAAAGUGCACUUAAAAACACUCAUACCUCCACGGAAUAGGACUCCUUUGCAGAGUCCCACUGACAGGAUAGCUUAAAAUAAACAAUAUUGCUGUGUAAUUAUGAAAGCAGUAGCGCUUGCUCUAAGCAGGGUGCCUAUAUUAAGGCCGUAUAAUCCUUCCUGUUUGCUAGUAUGAUUUGUUUAUGCUCCCACUGCCCAUCAGUACAGCAUGGGAACAAAGGCUGCGAGUAACUGUAAAGCCAUUUAUAUGCUGACAGAAUGAUUGAAUAUUUUACAGCUCUGACCCCUAGGGGACUUGAUGAAGUGCCUCUUUGAUUCUCCGCCUUUGUGUAUGAUCUCCUUUUCUUUCCUAGCUUAAAUCGAUGCAGCAGUUGGAGCAGCGCCAAUAUUUUAUAUAUUUUAUGAGAAAGAUGUCUGUGUAAAUUCAUGAAUGUCUAAUAACAAAUGAUGGUACUUCCUAAAGAAACCACCUGUUGCCUUGUUCAUUACCAAAGACCACUGGACAAUGACUCCUUUAUAAGGUGGCCUGAAACAUUUGCCAAACUCCCAUUCUCUUCCCUGCAGAGCCAAGGUAUACGUGACUAGACGCUGUUUGACUAGGAUUGUUUGUUUUUGAAUGAGUAUUGUGUAUCUGUGGUACCUGUGCGGAUUUUAAGCUAGCAAGUAUUUACUCCAAUAAAUGAAAUCCUACAGAUUCAAAGACUACUGUAUGGCUAUGGAAAUAUA